UACCAGAGGCAGUUGAUUCCAUUAAGACAGUAGUUUUGUCUGACACCACCAUCAACAUAUCUUGGAGUGAACCUCUGAAGCCAAAUGGACCUCUAGAAUCCAUCCGCUAUCAGAUCUCUGUCAAUUUAUUACCCCCUGUCCCAGCGACACCCUUGCGGAAAAGUGAAUUUCCAAAUGGGGUGCUUGCCUGGUCUGUCAGUGGGCUUCAGUCUGGAACAAACAAUUUAUUCAAGGUUCUUGCUUUUCAUCCCGAUGAGAACUGGUUUUCUGAAAGUGUCCCUGUUACUGCAAAAACUUUUGAGACUCCACCUGCACCUGUCAACAUAGUUCCCAGAAAUACAAGUUUCCAGCUAGAAUGGAGAGCUCCUCUGCAUGUCAAUGAAACCAGCUUCUGGUUUGAGCUGCAUAAGUGGCAAACAAAAAGUGACUGGUUUUCUCCUGCAAGCACUACGUGCAUCACAGAUCUUGUUUACACAUGCAACCUCACAGGAACUCUUCCUUCAACCAACUACUUUGUAAGAGUAAUAGUAGUUUAUAUUACAGGAGCGAAAAGCACUUCCUCUUCAACAAGUUUUAAAACUACAGCUGGUGUUCCCAGUAAGCCAGGAGUUCCAAAAAGAGCAGAAGACACUGAAAACUCUGUACAGUGGGAAAAGGCUGAUGACAAUGGAAGCAACGUGACCUACUACAUCUUAGAAAGCAGGAAGCAGUCCGACACCACCAGCAAAGCGAAGUCCUUGUGGGAGGUGGUUUACAACGGCUCCUGUGCCAGUAUUUGCACAUGGAAGGCCAAGAACUUAGAAGGAACUUUCCAGUUCAGAGCAGCAGCUGCAAAUGUACUGGGACUUGGUGAAUACAGUGACACAAGCAAGGAUAUAAUUUUGGGUGAAGAUACUAUAAUCUCCCCAGACACCAUCAUUGUCAUUGCUGCUGUGAUUGGAGUUGUUGUGCUGAGCUUGACUGUGGUCAUGCUGUUUGGUUUUGUAUUGCUGUUUUGUAGCACUCUUCCUUCUCAAGCAGAGAUUGAAUCAUUGCCAGCUUUCCCUCGGGACAAACUGAACUUACACAAACUGUUAGGAAGCGGAGCAUUUGGAGAGGUGUAUGAAGGGACUGCAGUAGACAUCCUGGCAGAUGGAAGUGGAGAAUCCAAAGUAGCAGUCAAGACUUUGAAGAAGGGUGCGACAGACCAUGAGAAGAGUGAAUUCUUGAAGGAGGCACACUUCAUGAGUAAAUUUGAUCACCCCCACAUUCUGAAAUUACUUGGUGUGUGCCUGUUAAAUGAACCUCAGUACCUUAUACUGGAGCUGAUGGAAGGAGGGGAUCUACUUAGCUACUUACGAGGAGCCAGAAAGCAAAAGCUCCAGAGUUCCUUACUGACAGUGGCUGACCUCUUGGAUAUAUGUUUGGAUAUUUGCAAAGGCUGUGUCUAUUUAGAGAAAAUGCAUUUUAUACACAGGGACCUGGCUGCUCGCAACUGCCUUGUGUCUGAGAAGGAAUACGAGAGCUCCUCCCGGGUAGUAAAGAUUGGUGAUUUUGGACUUGCCAGAGAUAUCUAUAAAAAUGAUUAUUACAGGAAAAGAGGAGAAGGCUUACUCCCUGUCAGAUGGAUGGCUCCUGAAAGCCUCAUUGAUGGUGUCUUUACAAAUCACUCUGAUGUCUGGGCUUUUGGAGUCUUAGUGUGGGAAACAUUAACUUUGGGUCAACAACCAUAUCCAGGUUUCUCCAAUACAGAAGUUUUACACCAUAUACGAUCAGGAGGAAGACUGGAAUCUCCAAACAAUUGUCCUGAUGACCUGUGUGAUUUAAUGACAAGAUGCUGGGCCCAAGAACCUCACAACAGACCUACUUUCUCUUAUAUUCAGGACAAACUGCAAGAGAUAAGACACUCUCCACUGUCCUUGAGACACUACCUUGAAGACAAAGAGGCAGCAACUGGGGUUGUCAACCAAGCUUUUGAAGAUAGUGAUGUUCCAUGUGCAGAUUCGGACAGUGUUCUUUCAGCCACGCUAAUAGAAACGAAGAAUCAAGAGGGCUUAAAUUAUUUGGUAUUAGUCAAAGAAGGCAGCCAAGAUCAAGCAAGCAUCAAUUCUGCUGAACUUAGUUAA